AUGAACAUGGCCACCGCCUCCACCGCGCCGACCGCGGGCGAGUACGCGGGAGAUGAGGUCUCGGCCAUCGUGCUCGACCCCGGCUACUCGACCACACGCGCGGGCUUCGCGGGCGAGGACGUGCCCAAGUCCGUGUGCCCGUCCUUCUACGGCCAGCGCGACGGCGAGCCGCUCCUCUUCGGCGAGAACGCGAUCCACUCGCCCGCGGCCCACGUCGAGAUCAAGAACUACUGGGGCGCCGACGGCAUCGUCGAGGACUGGGACGCCGCCGCGAGGCUGUGGGAGUACGCCAUCACCAGCCGGCUGACGGGCCCAAGCCCCGCCGACCCGGCCCGCAACGGGCUCAACGACGCCCGCGCCGUGGACGCGCACAUGGAGGCCGUCGAGGACGCGGAGAAGCCCAUGGAGGACAGCCCGCUGCUCGUCACGGAGCCGGGCUGGAACAGCGCAAAGGCGCGGGAGCGGUACAUUGAGCUGGCCAUGGAGGACUGGGGCGCCCCCGCCUUCUUCCUGCAGAAGACGGGCGUGCUGGCUGCCUUUGCCUCGGGCAAGGCCUCGGGCAUCGUCAUCGACGUCGGCGCCGCCCACACCACCGUCACCCCCGUGCUCGACGGCAUGGUCCUGCGCAAGGGCGUGCACAAGUCCACCCUGGCCGGCAACUUUGUCUCGCAGCAGAUCCGCCACACCUUCAAGACGGCCACGCCCGAGAUCCAACUCACCCCGCACUACCUGGUCCGCCACAAGUCGCCCGUCGACGCCGGCGCGCCCGCAAACGCCACCUACCGCACCUUUGCCCUCGCCCCGCCCGCCUCCUUCCGCGCCCACGAGGAAGAGCGGGUGCUGACCGAGUUCAAGGAAUCCGUCGUCGAGCUCUGGCCGGGCCCCGGCCGCUUCACGAGCGGGGCCAACGAAGAAGUCGCCCACUCCGCCCCCGGCCGCCCGUUCGAGAUGCCGGACGGGUGGAACAACGUGUUCGGCAGCUCGCGCUUCCGCGUGGCAGAGGGCCUGUUCGACGCCUCGGCCGCGCUGACGUCCGACUCGCUGCCGCGGCCCAAGGACGACGCCACGAUCCCGCGCCUCGUCCAGGCCGCCGUCUCGCACGUCGACGCCGACCAGCGGCCCUUGCUGCUCGCCAACAUCGUCGUCACCGGCGGCUCCACCCUGCUGCACAAGUUCACGGACCGGCUGAACGCGGAGAUCAACGCCCUCUACCCGUCCACGCGCAACAAGCUCAUCGCCCCGGGCAGCGUCGUCGAGCGCAAGUACGCCGCCUGGAUCGGAGGCAGCAUCCUCGCGAGCCUCGGCAGCUUCCACCAGCUGUGGAUCUCCAGGAAGGAGUACGACGAGCACGGGCCUGGCAUUGUCGAGAAGAGGUGUCGGUAG